UCCGUCCCUAGCACGGACAGUGCCAUCGCCUCCUCACGCAAAUGGGCUACCCACCCUCACCUCGCCGGCUCUUCUGAAGACUUUGAAGACGCGAAGGACAUCCUCGCGCUCUUCCAAGAACACUUCGACAUCCCCAAGUCUCCCAUCACACCCGUCUUCCCCGCCGGCUCGCCCUUCUCGCGCGCGGCGACCCUGGGCAUCAACAAGCUCCACGGGCCGGCCGCUUGGAUCGACAAGUACUACCCCGUUAUGAACACGCCUGUGAACCACAGUCUCUCAGUACUUGGCGAGGACGGGGAGGCUGUCUGGGAGGCGGACCUCGAGGAGGAUGGCGACCCUGCGGACCCCGAGGCGUCGAAGUACAGGACGUCGGUUCUCGCGUGGCAUGGCCUGAGCAAGGACGGUGAGGUGGAGGGCGAGCUCAUCUAUGCGAACUACGGCAGGAAAGAGGACUACGACGCGAUCGUAGCUGCCGGUGGUGACCUCACGGGCAAGAUCGUCCUCGCGCGGUACGGCGCGAUCUUCCGCGGCGUCAAGAUACAACUUGCGCAGGAGUAUGGCGCCGUCGGCGUGCUCAUCUACUCCGACACCCGCGACGACGGCUCCGUAACCGUGGAGAACGGCUUCGAGGCGUACCCUGCCGGGCCCGCGCGCAACCCGACCUCUGUUCAGCGCGGUAGUGUGCAGUUCAUCUCCUCCUACCCCGGCGACCCGACUACACCAGGCAAGCCGGCGUAUCCCGAUGCGGAGCGAACGGAGGGGGCAAAUAUCCCCAAAAUUCCAAGCUUGCCGAUCUCGUGGGCGAACGCGCAGACGCUGCUGAAGGAGUUGGGGGAUAGUCUGGACGAAGCUAGGACGGUGAAUGGGAGAUCGAGCGUCCGGAAAGUAAAGUUGGUCAACCAUGUUGACGACAGAGUGAUCCCUAUCUACAACACGAUGGCCGCUAUCCCGGGACACAUCCGCAGCGAGACGGUCGUCCUUGGCUGCCACCGAGAUGCCUGGGUUAUGGGCGCAGUUGACCCGGUCUCUGGCACAGUCUCCCUGCACGAGAUCAUCCGCGGCUUCGGCGAACUCCUCAAGAACGGCUGGAAGCCCCUCCGUAACAUUGUCAUCGCGAGCUGGGAUGCUGAGGAGUACGGCCUCAUUGGUAGCACUGAGUGGGCGGAAGACUUCCCUGAUUGGAUCCAGAGCAAUGUCGUUGCAUAUCUUAACGUCGAUGUGUCCGUCAGCGGCUCCGCCUGGGGUGCAAGCGGCUCUCCCUCACUCGCCCACCUCAUUCGCGCCGCCGCCCAGGACGUCCCGCACCCCACCGUUGCCGGCAAAUCCCUGUGGGACUCCCGUGAUGACGAAGGUCCAUUCCUCGGCGCAGGCCUCGUCGACGCCGAGACGCUUGCCAUAUACGAGGCCGCGAAGAAGGCUAGGCUCGGGCCCAGUGACACCGGCGUUGGCCAGCUUGGCUCUGGCAGCGACUUCACGCCGUUCCUGCAGCGGCUAGGCAUCGCGAGCAUGGACCAGGGCUUUGGGCAAACUCUGGGUGACGCCCCUUACCACUAUCACUCGAUCUACGACUCGGAGAGGUGGAUAGAGCUGUAUGCCGACCCUGGGUUCCAUCGCCAUGUUGCGGUGGCGAAGCACAUGGGCCUCACGGCGAUUCGCUUGAUCGACUCGAUCAUUCUCCCGCUGAACACGACGCAGUACGCGUUCGAACUGGAUGUCUACCUUGACGACGUCGAGGAGAUCGCUGCGUCGCUGCACCUCGACACCUCCCCCAACUUCUCCGGCCUCCGCAGCUCGAUCGAGAGCCUCGAGUCUGCCGCGCUCGCGCUCGCGGACGAGCUCGUCGCUGCUGAGAAAGAGUUCAAGGACGCGCUCGCCGCCUUGCCCAAGCCCGGCAAGAAGGGCCACUGCAAACACGCCCACGGGCACCUCCCAGAGUGGCUCCGCAAAAUCCUGCAUAAGAUUCGGAAGCACUGGAAGCACACGCCCGGGAAGAAGGAGAAGAAGGCCCUGGAGCGCUUCGUGCGUGCGGCGAAGCGCGUGCAGGACGGCAACGCGAAGCUGCGGCUGUUCGAGCAGGGCUUCAUCUCGGAGGAGGGCAUUGCGGAGAGGGAGUGGUACAGGCACUUAGUUGUGGCUCCCGGGAAGUUCCUUGGGUAUGGCGCAACAACGUUGCCUGCUGUGACGGAGGCAUUGACUAUUGAGAAGAACAGCACCUUGGCUGAAAUUGAGGCCAGGAGGGUCUCGGACCUCCUUGAUAGCUUGUCGCAGACUAUCGCCGUGUAA